AUGCGCAUCUUCCUUCCUCUUCUCGCCGUCGGUGCGCUCGCGGCUCCCACACGUCGCGGUGGGGCUUUCAAGCGCUUGAACUUCGGCAUCCUCACUGCUGUCGACGACACUGCCAAUGCGACGGACACAACGAUUUUCCCCACCGCCCCGCUCGCCGCUGGAGUGAACGUUACCGGCUUCAACGUACCGGACUGCGAGGCCUUUCUCGGUAUCCCUUACGCUGAACCACCUACCGGGGAGCGGCGCUUUCAACGCCCAGCGCCGGCAAACUACAGUCGUAACUUCGCGGCCAUCCUCCCGCCGCCGGGAUGCCUGCAAGCCCCCAACCCCAAACGCCAAUUUACCUACGGCGCGGGAGGAUUCAGCGAGGACUGCCUGUACCUCAAUGUGCUGGCGCCUGACGGGUCGGCGGGCUCGAACGCCAGCCUGCCCGUCAUGGUCUGGAUCCACGGUGGCGCCUUCAUCGAGGGCGACGGCGUGACGUAUGUCUCUCCCUUCCUGGUGCGCCGCGCCAUCGAGAUCGGCCGCCCCAUCGUUCUCGUCACUAUCAACUACCGCCUCGGCCUCCUUGGCUUCGGCGUCGGCCCCGACUUUGCCGCCCACAAUGCCUCCAACCUCGGCUUGCACGACCAGCUCGCCGCCCUGCGCUGGGUGAAAGACAACAUCGGGGGAUUUGGCGGUGAUCCCACCAAAGUUACCGUGGUCGGACAAAGCGCGGGCGCAAUCAGCAUCGGGCACCACUACCUCAAUGCGAGCCAGGACUUGUUCCGCGGUGCGAUUCUCAUGAGCGGCGCGCAAAGCUCGGCGCCCGUCGCGCCCACCUCCGAGCUUUGGGAGGGGCCGUAUAACACCACAGCCAUCGCCGCAGGAUGCAUGGAGCCUAACACUACCGCGCUCGGAAACCUCACCACCUUCGAGUGCAUGCGUGCCGUGCCGGCCGACACGCUCGUGAAUGCAACGGCGGUGAUGCGCGACCGCCAGCCAUUCGGCGGAUUCGUGUUCCUCCCUACCAUCGACGGCGAGCUUAUCCCCGAGAGUCCGUGGAACAUGCUCAAGGACGGGCGCUUCAACACCAAAAUUCCCCACAUCAGCGGCGCUACGCUCGACGAAGGGACGUGGACGACGCCGACCUUCGUCAACUCGACGGAGCAGCUCAAGGUGCUCCUCCGUCAAUCCUCGCCCUUCCCGGCCUCCCCUGAGAUCAUCGACCGUAUCGUCGAGCGAUACCCUGACAUCCCUGAGAAAGGGAGUCCGUUCGGCACGGGCAACGAGACGUUCGGCUUCUCCUCUGCCAACAAGCAGGGCGCAGCGAUCGUGGGCGACAUGUCAUUCCACUCGCGCCGCCGCAAGUUCCUCCACCGCUCCAACGACUACGGCAAUAACCAGACGUGGACGUACGAGUUCCGCGGCCCCACUCCGGGCAUCCCGCCACACGUUGGAGUGCCACACUCGGCCGAUGUGCCGUAUAUCUUCGGUGUCGCGACGCAGGAAAACAACUACACGGCCGAGGCGGAGGCGAUGGGCACGCAAAUGAUGGAUUACUGGUGCGUAGAGGCUGGGCCCGCUAACGUUAGGAUCAAUUUUGUGCAUUACCUCACGCCCAAUGGCCCCACGCCGGCGCCACAGAAAAGGCAGGACGCCUCGAGCCUUCCGUUCUGGCCUGUCCAUGAGAUGGGGGCAAAAGAUUCAAUGCGCUUCGAUCCUGCCAAUCUUACGAUUGUGCCCGACACGUUCCGUGCGGAUCAGAUGUCGGUGUUCGACGAGGCGGAUGUCGCCGCCGCGCUGCUGUACAAGCGCGACCUGAAGUGAGCUAGGUGGCAACUUGUUUGCGACUGUUCAGCAAUACGAAGAAUUUAUAAUCAAUGCGAGAAUGUC